CACAGUUACCGUUCUAGUUGACACCUCCACGGACGAUUUGCAUGGCAAACACUCAUGGUAAACGAGCGGCCGCCGCGUCACCUCGGGAGGCGCUCAACAUCAGCACGUCGCCGCAGACCCUCAAUGCUGCUCGCAACGAGCUGAUGAAGAAGUACAGAUACAUUCCCGAAAAGUCUGUGGUAAAGUUUCUCUCUGACCAUGUUCCCCACCUCCCCGCGACGGUCCUCGAAGAUGUUAUGGCCCAGUUGAAGAAGAAGAUAAAACUGCCUAAGGAGAGAGGCACGAGAGCUGGCGAUUUUCAACAUUGUACCCCACCCACGCAGGCUGGAACCAUAUAUGGUCAUACUUCGAAAUCGCCAGCAAAAAUGGGCGUACAGGAAGCUCAAGCGUUCAGUCUUUACGACCUCAUCAAUGCUAUUCUUGAGCUCGCAGCUCAAAUUAACGGCCGCGCUUGGGUUGCCCACAGUUCCAAGCAAGAGCACCUUCACGGCGAGAAGCCAAACUCCCCACGUCCAGAUUCCUUUCUCUACCUGAUCUCGCAGUCGCUGAAAGAGGUGGGAUGGGAACAGCUUUUUUGCGUUGGUGAGUUAAAGAAAAACAACAAGACUAAGGACGACGAGCUGGACAACUGGGGCAAGGUUGUUUGGGGAAUGCACCACAUUAUGCGGAACGACCCGUGCCGGCUCUUCACAUUCGGGUAUAACAUGGAAGACGACCAAGCGAGGCUUUGGUAUCAUUCACGGUCGAGUGUUUUUGUAUCAGAGUCCUUCAAUUGGACUCUAGAUCCCAAACCAUUCAUCAGAUUCAUUCUUGCGUUGGUAUUGACCAAUCACAACUCUAAAGUUAGCCCAGACUCUAAGGCGCUAGUUCCCCCGCGCGCUAAAAAAGAUGAACUCCCUGCUCUAUACGACCAACACUCCGAUUACCUGGAGCGAAUCGGUAUCGACCCCACGAUGAACAGAGUGCUGGUGGGAGACAGCAUCCAGUACGAAAUCACUGUGAGGGGGCUGGUCGACGGAAAGGAAGGCACACAGAGGUUGGUUUUCGUCACAAAGGAGGUCUUGUGCGAUUUCAAAGUCGACGACGGAACAGGCCGUUCCACCCGCGUUUGGGUGGUCCACGAAAAGGAUGGCGACGAGUCUAACGAGUUCGUCUUGAAGGAUGUGUGGCUGGAAGACGGAGCCGUGGUAGAAGGGGAGAGCCUCGAAAAUCUCGAGAAUCUAGUCAAGGGUGACAAGCGCCAGCAUUCCGUGCCAGUGAAGGACUGGUACCGCGAUCAUUUAUUGCACAUGCAUACACAUGAGAAGCUCGCACAGAAGGUGCUCGGUGUAUGCGGCAAACACAAACACAUUCGCCUUCUUCCCGACCCUUCCGCCUCCACACUGCCUGCUAGCUUCAUCCAUUCCGGCUCUCGAAGGGCGGAUCCUCGUGGUGGCCCAUCUUCGGUAUCGUCCCCCCAGGGCGACCACGAGUUUGACAAACCAGAUCGCUUUCACUACAGGAUCGUAUUACGGGGUGCGAUGAUACCAUUGGAAUCAGUUCGUUGUCGGAGGACAUGCUCCCAGGUAGUCAUUGGGAUUUUCCGAGCAUGUUGGGUGCUAUGGAUUUACGGAAUGGUUCAUCGUGAUGUUAGUAGUUGGAACUCCUUUUGGGAUCCCCGUACAAGAACUGGCCGGCUCGGAGACUUCGACUACCUUGUUGCGUAUGGUGAAACUGAGACUGGAAGGACCAAAACUGUUGGCACGCCUCACUUCUGGUCAGUGGAGGUUGAAGCACGGAGCUACCUAUAUAAGCCGCAACGCACACCUUGGUAUGCGAUCAAUUCGGCACCCCUGAACAAGAAGGGCCGAAAUAAAUCGAUGUUCGUUUUCAAACACAAUCUUCUCCAUGACCUCGAAUCCGUCUUCUGGGUCAGCUUAUGGACCUUCCUCUACCUCGUCGACAUCGACAACGAUGCUUCCCAGGACCAUCAUGGGACGGCCAAAGAGGUCGACGAGCAACGACGAAUGCUCUACCACGGGAUCUUCCCGGACGGCGAACCAGGUGACGUACAUCUAGCCCGUUGCCGCUUCAUCGGUGUGCUAGAAGCCCAAGGUCUAAACCGACGUGAAGAACUACGGGAAUAUACAAGUUACAUUUCCGAGAACACUCUCUCCUUGAUCAAUUUCCACUUCGAAGAGCUCCGUGGUGCCAUUGUAUCUCACUUUGUGGACUUAGAGACGGCCUUGAUUCUUGAUGCCUUUAUCCCUUCCGACAAUCCCGCAUUCACAAACGCGCUUAACGUGCUGCAGGAAUUACUAGGGGUUGUUCAGUCGAGGGUGGGUUCAUCCGACUAUCCGGUUUCGCCACUCUCGAAACACCAGUUUGUACUUGAACGCGAGCUUGCACCGUGGACAGACCCUGAAGACGCUCCUGAAGACGUCCCCGUACAAGGGCCCUCACGAUCCUCCAAAAAGCCAAGAACCUCUCGAAAACGCGGCGGCCGCAAAAGUAAACGAAAGUAGUAAACAAAUGCCAUCAAUCCGGUCACAUUGAAGAGCAGGUUGCGGCAAGGCUAUAAUCUCAUGUAGGGAAAACGGUGUCUUCGAGCGUUUUGUGGGAGUUUUCUCGGUGUUGCGUGACCAGUUUGGCAUGAUUCCAU